GAAAAAAUAUUUGAAUUGAAAAUCUCAGAUUCUCAAUCUAUUUCAUUGGCGGCCAUAAGGACAAGGUGCAACAACACUUCUUUUUUCCAAAUUUAAAAAUUCCAGAAAUCAGAAAAAAAUAAAAAUAAAAUAAUCCACUGUUUCAUUUUCCCACCUUUUCUAGCAAAUUCCUUUUUGUGCCAUGGUUUAUAGAGCAUGUAACUUUUUUUAUUUUUUUUGGUAAGUACUUAUUUUACUUUAGUAUAUAUAAAUGUCAUUGUUUCAAUCUUUUCUUGGAGCAUAUUUAGAGCAUAUUCCUUAGUUAUCAACUUUCUUUAAGCUUUGUUUGCUAUAGUUAUUAUAACCCCUUAUCAUUUUUAUUAGGGGUUAUUGUGAUGAAGUUUGAAUCUUUAUCUAUACUUUUGUCACCCCUUUUGGUUUCUUAAGUUUUUUGUAUUUGGUUUGAUUGAGGCAUGCAAAUUCUUGAAUGAUUAUGAAGUAUUGUUGGGUGGUUAUUGGGAUUAUUGUGCUAAAGUUUGAAUCUUUAUCUAUAUUUUUGUGACCCCUUUUGGUUUCUUGAGGUUUUUAACCUGGAAUUUGGUUAAUUGGGGCAUGCAAAUUCUUGAAUGAUUAACUAUUGUGGGGUUGUGGUGUAAUCUUGGUUUUGGUUUAUACUGGGAUUAUUGUGCUAAAGUUUGAAUUUUUAUCUAUUUUUUUUGUCAACCCUUUUGGUUUCUUGAGUUUUUUUCACCUGGAAUAUGGUUAAUUGGGGCAUGCAAAUUCUUGAAUGAUCAAUCUUGGUUUGGUUUAUACUGGAGUUAUUGUGCUAAAGUUUGAAUCUUUAUCUAUAUUUUUGUCAACCCUUUUGGUUUCUUGAGGUUAUUAGCCUGGAAUUUGGUUAUUUGGGGCAUGAAAAUUGUUGCAUGAUUAUGAAGUAUUGUGGGGUUGUGGUGUCAGUCUUGGUUUGGUUUUUGGUUUUUGUGAGUCUUGUUGAGGUUAAUAAGGGGCAAAUUCCAACCACACUUGAUGGACCCUUCAAGCCAGUGACUGUCCCUUUGGACCAAAGUUUUAGGGGACAUGCUGUAGAUUUGCCAGACAAUGACCCUAGAGUUCAAAGGACUGUUAAAGGAUUUGAGCCUGAGCAGAUAUCUGUUUCACUUUCUUCUACUUAUGACUCUCUUUGGAUUUCUUGGGUUACAGGGGAAUAUCAAAUUGGUGGCAAGAUCAAACCAUUGGAUCCGAGUAAAGUUGGUAGUGUUGUUCAAUAUGGGAAAGAUAAAUCCUCCUUGAGACGCAAAGCGAUUGGCCAGUCCCUUAUUUAUAAUCAACUUUAUCCAUUUGAAGGACUUCAAAACUACACUUCUGGAAUCAUACACCAUGUCCAACUUACAGGGUUGAAACCGGCCACGUUAUACUAUUAUCGAUGUGGAGAUCCUUAUAUACCAGCUAUGAGUUCUAUCUAUCAUUUCAAGACCAUGCCUAUUUCUUCAUCAACAAGCUAUCCGAAGAGAAUAGCAAUUGUAGGUGACCUUGGUCUCACAUACAAUACCACUUCCACACUUAGUCAUUUGACGGGGAACAAUCCAGAUCUUGUUCUAUUAGUGGGAGAUGUUACGUAUGCUAACUUGUAUCUCACAAAUGGAACUGGCUCAGACUGCUAUUCUUGCUCAUUUCCCGACACUCCAAUACAUGAGACAUAUCAACCUCGGUGGGACUACUGGGGAAGAUAUAUGCAGCCGCUGGUGUCCAAAAUUCCCAUCAUGGUGGUGGAGGGGAACCAUGAGAUAGAAGAACAAGUUGGAAAUCAGACAUUUGCAGCCUAUCGUUCUCGCUUUGCUUUCCCAUCAAAAGAAAGUGGAUCAUCAUCGCCGUUUUACUAUUCUUUUAAUGCGGGAGGCAUACACUUCAUCAUGCUCGGGGGAUAUGUCGCCUAUAAUAAAUCAGAUGAUCAAUACAAGUGGUUGGAGAAGGACCUGGCUAAUGUUGAUAGGACAGUUACUCCAUGGCUCAUUGCCACUUGGCAUCCACCUUGGUACUCUACUUACACGGCACACUAUCGAGAAGCUGAAUGUAUGAAGGUAGCGAUGGAAGAGUUGUUGUACGAGUAUGGCGUCGAUUUAGUCUUCAAUGGACACGUUCAUGCCUAUGAAAGGACCAACAGAGUCUAUAAGUACAAACUGGAUCCUUGCGGUCCAGUUCAUAUAACUGUCGGUGAUGGUGGAAACCGCGAGAAGAUGGCGAUUGGACAUGCUGACGAGCCUGGCAAAUGUCCUGAACCAGCUAGCACACCGGACAAAUUUAUGGGCGGAUUCUGUGCCUAUAAUUUUACAUCAGGUCCAGCAGCUGGCAACUUCUGCUGGGAUCAACAACCUGAAUAUAGUGCAUAUAGAGAAAGUAGCUUCGGCCAUGGAAUACUCGAGGUGAAAAAUGAGACACAUGCUCUAUGGACAUGGCAUAGGAACCAAGAUAUGUACAACAAAGCUGGAGAUAUAAUUUACAUAGUAAGGCAACCUGACAAAUGCCUUGUUAAAACAAAGGUAAUUAAACCCUGGCCAAUACAAAAAUACUAAAAUACAAAAUUGUUAGGACUCAUAGUUUUUUCUUUUUCUUUUUUCAAAAGUACUAAAAUUCAAAGUUGCCUCUGGUCACAUGAGGUCACGGGUUCAAGCCUUGGAAACAGCAGCCUCUGGCAGAAAUGCAAGGUAAGGCUGCGUACGAUACACCCUUGUGGUGGGGCCCUUCCCCGGACACCGCGCAUAGCGGUAGUUUUAGUGCACUGGGCUGUCUUUUUUUUUUUUUUUUUCUUUUUUCAAAAUUGAAUUUAUACUCUAGGCAGAGUGUAUAGCGGCCUUUUAUUACGAUAACACGAAUAUUCUUAGUACAUCAAAAAUUGUUGCUUAAUUCAAGAAACUCUACUUUUGUUGUAUAUUUUGAAAGAGAUUGCUACAUUAGAAUUUUUAAUAUUUUCUGUAAUUUAUAUAUGAUUUAUUAUGAAUGUAAUGAAAAGUGGAAACUCAUUGGUUAGAGUUACGCAGAUAUUAAAAUAGAAGGACUAGUUAUUCUAUUAUUUACUUCGGAUAAAAUAAUACAUAAAUUCACUCAUAAUUUAUAUCGAUAUUAUUCAUAUGAGAUUGUAAAAUGAUAGCCAAAAAUGCUCCAAACAUGAUAUUAGCAACCAAACAACUCCUUAAAAUCUUCUAUUUUUUCAUCCACUUAUUAAGUUUUUACUUGCAAUGAGGUAUGUCAAAUUGUAUGUAUUCAAUCCUGAAAACAUUUUAUUUUAUUUUUUGCAAUUUACAUGCAUCAAUUUGGUUAAAUCUUUAUAUUUUCUGCUAUUUAUUUAUGAUUAAACUUAUUUUUUGCUUAAAAUCUUCUUUAUUUUAAGGUUAUUUAUUAAAUGGAAAUUAAGUAUCAUUCGUGGAGAAAUCAAAUAUAGAAGCAGAUGAUGGGAGACAAAGGCAAACGUGAUUAGAGACAAUGUACCAAUUUUGCAUUUUAUCAAAUCAUAAAUAAUGAAAAUUUCAAAAGUUAUAUUUGGAUUCCAAAAUAUAUAUUGAUACUCAUUUUAGAAAAUUAUUUUUUGAAAUUUCUCUA